GGCAUGGGCCAGCCUGGGGCCAACGACAUGGCCAUCGCCGCUGCCUUAGGGAAUUUGGGGAAGGUGAGGGAGCUGCUGGACCAGAGGGCGGACCCCAAUGCAGUCAAUUCCUACGGCAGGACGCCGAUCCAGGUCAUGAUGAUGGGAAACACCCAGGUGGCGGAGCUGCUGCUGCAGAGAGGAGCGGAUCCCAACCGGCCGGACCCGCUCACCGGCUCCCUCCCAGUGCACGAUGCGGCGCGAGAAGGUUUCCUGGACACCCUUGUGGCGCUGCACCGAGGCGGGGCUCGCUUGGAUCUGCGGGACACAUGGGGCCGCCUCCCCAUUGACCUAGCUGUAGAGAGCCGGCAUCAGCAAGUGGUCAGCUACCUCCGAGCCCAGCCGGCAAGGGGUGCCGCUCCGCCCCAGGCAUAGGGCACGGGCGUGUGGCCAGCUCUCUGUGGGGCUCUGCCCUGCUCAGCCACACAAAGCACUGAACUGCAGGCACCAGGUUUGUCUACAGCAGCUGGGGACCAUCCCCCAGGACAGCUAGGGGCCGCCUUGUAACCCUGACACAUCCGGCUGGAAAGCAGAGGGUAGCAGUAUGGGAGGCUGUGGCCACCACUCAUUAGGGUUCACCCAAUUUUGUUCAUCUUUAAUCCAGUGCUGUACCCUCCCCACAUUUACAGAAGAGUCCACAUUAAUGGGUGUUAUAAUAUUUCCUCCUAGAACAUAACUUAUUGUCCGAUUUUUCUUAAAUGUAUGAAGUAUAAUAAAGAGGAAUAAUAUACUGUAAAUAUGCCACUUGGAAAUGUUCUCUUAAAUGCACUAAAAGGAAACACGUUCUUUGUUUUUGUUUUAGAUUUUUACUUUGCACAAAUAUGUAUAUUAGCUUUUACUUGAAAAAAAUAAACGUUCAAACACAACCACUGUAAAGGAAACCAUGAAGGUAAAUAUACCAUUUAAAUUAAUAAACUAUUACUAGUCUGACAGAAA